CAUGCUGGGAGAUACCAUAGCAACCGGGGUAACAAGCUGUCACCUUGCAACAGAGGGCGCUUGGCUAGACCCUGCCCCAGGACCCGUGAUUUGUUUGUGCACUUUGCAGCAGGCAAGGCCUGGCCCCAGGAACCUGAGAUUUACUUAACACACGGCCAGGAGGGGGCGCGGGGCUCCAUUGCGGGUUCCUGCGCAAGCGCUCACGGGCAGCCGACCCAAGCAGGACGCAGGUCACGUCGCAGUUAGCAUCCUGCACCCGCAAAGUCCACCCAGCGGAAGCACUCGAGCUGGGAACAUGGCCGCAUCCGCUGCUAGCCUGGGUGGCUUUUCGGCCCCGGGGCCUGAUGCCGGGCACUACUUGGCCAGGUAUCGCCCGGUAUCGCAGGUGUUGAACAAGCUGAAGAAGCGGUUCCUGCGGAAGCCGAACGUGGCAGAGACUGCCGAGCUAUUCAGACAGCUGGGCCACAAGCUGCGCGCUCAGCAGUGCCUGCCUUAUGCGGCUUGGUGCCAGCUGGCGGAUGCGCGCUGCCAUCAGGCGCUCUUCCACGGGCCCGGGGAAGCUCUGGCGCUCACCGAGGCCGCCCGCCUCUUCCUGCGGCAGGAGCGCGACGCGCGCCAGCGCCUCGUCUGCUCCGCCGCCUACGGGGAGCCGCUGCAGGCAGCUGCCAGCGCCCUGGGUGCCGCGGUGCGCCUGCACCUUGAGUUGGGCCAGCCGGCUGCCGCCACCCUCUGCCUGGAGCUGGCGGCCGCCCUGUGCGACUUGGGUCAGCCGGCUGCCGCUGCCGUCCCCUUCCAGCGCGCCACCCAGCUACAGCCGCUCCACCUGCCCCUGGCCGCGCCUCAGGCGCUUGGCGAUGCCGCCUCCUGCCAGCUGUUGGCGCGUGACUAAAAUGGCGCCUCGGAGGUCUUCACACGCCUGCAGCGCCUGGCGCAGAAACACGGCAGCCAACCGUUUCAGCCGCCACCGCCAUUCCUGCUGCAGGCUCCAGGUGCAGCUGCCUGGCCCGCCACACUGUGCCCUCCGACUGCCUGCUUUGUGGCCACGCCCUCAGGUGCCUUGCUAGGCGCCUUCUGGGAGAUGGUGGUCUGCUGCCAGGUGUCCCGUGUGUUGCUGCUGCUGCUCUUGCGGCCACCACCCGCCAAACUCCUCCCGGAGCAUGCCCACACCUUGGACGUGUACUUCUGGGAGGCUUUCGACAGCCACGGGCAGGAGGCCAGUGGCCAGCUUCCAGAGGAGCUCUUUCUGCUGCUCCAGUCCUUGGUCACGGCUACCCACGAGAAGGACACGGAAGCCAUCAAAUCGCUGCAGGUGGAGAUGUGGCCACUGUUGAGUGCCGAGCAGAACCACCUCCUGCAUCUCGUUCUGCAAGAAACCAUCUCCCCCCUCAGGACAGGGGUUCUUAACCAAGUGUCUUUGCCUGUUACCAGCUUCACACAUCCACCUUUGCCUUUGGAGGGGAAAAAAAAAAGACAUUGAUCCCAGUGAUUCUACCUUUGUUUAGCUUUUUCCUCUUCCCACCACAGGAAUUUAGUUGACUGAAAAUUACCCGAGGCUUAUUUCCGUAAUAGUGGGAGAAGAAACUAUACUAGGAUUGGAGCAGAGCAAUUGGCUCUCUUCCCCGAAACUGCAACAUAAAAAUGAGAAUCCUUUUAUCCCUUUCCUCUUCCACCCAAGUUGCCUUGCCAUGCGCCACCACCGCGCCCCGCCCCACAAUCUUCAUUUCAUUGUCAGGGUUCUGUUUUGUACUUCUGUCUGAAUGCUUAAGCUAUGUUGUUGUUGUUGUUGUUUUAAUCGUGGUUAAUUUCUUGGAGUAUUUCUAUAUCUAUGUGAUGACCCAAUUUCUCCUUUGUUUUAUCCACCCCGUACGUAUUCAUGGGAUUCCGUACAUUGUUGUUACAGCCCUAAAUCCAUGAUAAAACCAUUCCAAUAAUCAUGAUUUGUAGUUUAUAUUUACUUCAGCUAUAA